UGCACAGGGGCCUGAGAUUACCGAGCGCCGCCACCGAGGGUGGCGCCAGGCUGCGACGGAUAAUGGGAGAGCGAAUGUUUCCUUUCGACUCUUCGCUUUAGACCUCGGAGUGAGAGGCUCUUAAGGCUCAGAUUAAUAGGGUGAUGCACAGCGUUAGGACCCUUUAGAGCCUUUUCCCCGUCUUCCGUCACUCGCUCAGGCACGCCGAGGGCAGCCUCUCUAGGGUCCUCGUGGCCAGCCAAGAUGGCUGCCUCCGCGGUGACGGCUGUGCGAGGGUGGUCGGGCUUGCUGCUGGGCGUGCGGAGUGUUGUCCUGAGGCUUCCAGGGCUAACCCAGGUGAGGUGGAGCCGCUAUGGUCCUGAAUACCAGGAUCCCCAGAUUGACAAGGGAUAUUUCCGCAAGCCCCUGGCCGCGCUGACUGAAGAGGAAAAGUAUGAGAGGGAGCUCAGGAAGACUCAGGUUAUCAAAGCUGCCCCUGCGACGAGAACAAGCUCUGUGUUUGAAGACCCAGUGAUCAGUAAAUUCACCAACAUGAUGAUGAAAGGAGGAAACAAAAUACUGGCCAGAUCCCUCAUGACACAGACUCUGGAAGCUGUGAAAAGGAAACAGUUUGAGAAGUACCACACUGCUUCUGCUGAGGAACAGGCAACCAUUGAACGCAACCCUUACACCAUCUUCCACCAAGCACUGAAAAACUGUGAGCCUGUGAUUGGGCUGGUGUCCAUCCUCAAGGGUGGCCAUUUCUAUCAGGUCCCUGUGCCGCUAGCCGACCAGCGUCGCCGCUUCCUGGCCAUGAAGUGGAUGAUUACUGAGUGUCGGGAGAAGAAGCACCGGCGGAUGCUGAUGCCGGAGAAGCUGUCCCAGGAGCUGCUGGAGGCUUUUCACAACCGGGGCCCUGUGAUCAAGAGAAAGCACGACAUGCACAAGAUGGCCGAGGCCAACCGCGCGCUGGCCCACUACCGCUGGUGGUGACGGGCGGGCGGAGGAGCCGGGAGGAGCCCAGCACGCUGCUGUAGAAGCGGCAUGCGCCACCGCCAUGUUGCAAAAUACCUGUGGGUCAAGCGUAUACUUGCCUGUCAGGGGCAGGCGGGCCUCUUAAGAAGGAUGCAGCAGCAUGUUUAUUGCUUGUUAGUCCUUUCUCUGGGGGCUAGAACUCACUCUCCCUGCCCCAUCUCCUUGCAAAGAGGGGACAUAUCAACUUAGAUUUUCCCCAAGAAACUUAGGGCUCAUCCAGCCCCUCUCUUCCUUCAGCUUGGGGUGGACCUUUGGGUGAUACGAAAGGAAGCAGUUUUAGUAUCAGGAAAAGUUUAUUAGAAAAUUCUCAUCCUGAGCUGGUGUAGCAUGUGAUGUGGUAUUGCCAUUCAUUAAAACCAACCGGAGGAAA